AUGGAUGAAAAAUUUAUAACGUGUCAUUGCCCUGGAGAUGGUUCUUUACUCGGACGCGUCGAUCUUCAUCAGCCUGGCGACAUUGACCGAUCAAUUCGCUUGGCCGAGGAGGCACAGAGAUCGUGGAAGAAAACAUCAUUUCAGGAAAGAAAAAGGUUUCUGCUAGCAUUGAAAAAAAACAUCUUGAAAAAUCAAGAUAAGUAUGCAGAGAUCGCUUGCAAAGAUACGGGUAAAACACUUGUCGAUGCUGCAUUUGGAGAGAUUUUGGUUACGUUGGAGAAAAUCAAUUGGACAGUAAAGAAUGGUGAACAAUCGCUUCGUCCUACAAAGCGACCUACUUCUCUUCUUACUUCCUAUAAACAUGGUUAUGUCCACUACGAGCCUAUUGGUGUGAUAGCUGCUCUUGUAAGUUGGAACUACCCUUUGCAUAAUGCCCUUGGUCCCAUUAUUUCUGCUCUUUUCGCAGGAAACGCCAUCGUUGUCAAAGGAAGUGAAUUAACUGCUUGGUCUACCCACCAGUAUUGUGAAAUAGUUCGCCAAUUACUAAAGUCUCUUGGUCAUAACCCUGACUUAGUUCAGUGUACCACCUGUCUUCCAAGGGUAGCUGAUUAUUUGACAAGCCAUCCAGGACUUCGUCAUAUAACCUUUAUUGGUUCCCAAUCAGUUGCCAAACUAGUCGCCGCCUCUGCUGCUAAACAGCUGACACCGCUUUGUCUGGAGCUCGGUGGUAAAGAUCCUUGUAUCCUUAACGAUGAUCAUCGUCUAGACGAAGUCCUUUCUAUUGUCAUGCGUGGUGUAUUUCAAAGUGCUGGUCAGAAUUGCAUUGGUAUUGAACGAAUCAUUGCCUUAGAUGCCAUAUAUGACGCCGUUAUCACGAGGUUAUACAACCGAAUUGCUCCCAUGCGGCUUGGAAUGUAUAUGCAGAAAGACGUAGAUAUGGGGGCAAUGGUUUCCAAUAACCGUUUUGAUCAUCUUGAAGAAUUAAUCCAAGAUGCUGUGAAGCAAGGCGCUCGUUUGAUUUGCGGUGGUAGCCGUUACCGACAUCCGAAGUAUCCAAAUGGUUUCUACUUUCUACCGACUUUACUUGUAGAUGUAAGGAACGAGAUGAAGAUUGCUCAAGAAGAAUGCUUUGCUCCUAUUGCUUGCGUCUUUCGUGCUAAGAAUCAAGAACAUGCUCUAGAGAUUGCAAAUGGCACUAACUUUGGUUUGGGCGCUUCUGUUUUCAGUAAAGACAAGGAAAUAUGUGGAUACUACGUUGAAAACUUGGAAAGCGGUAUGGUCGCUGUGAAUGAUUUUGGUGCGUUUUAUUUACUGCAAAUGCCUUUUGGUGGCUGUAAACAGAGCGGUUAUGGACGAUUCGCCGGAUAUGAAGGUCUUCAAGGAAUUUGUAAUUCUAAAUCUGUUGCAUUCGAUCGCUUCAAAUCAAUCCAUACCGGUAUUCCACCGGCUGUUGACUACCCCAUUCCUGAUUCCCAAAAAGCGUGGCAGUUUAUUCGAGGCUUGGUGGGCACUGUCUAUGGUGCAUGGAUUGGACUUUUGCCAAACGUUUAUAAGCUUAUACGAAAUUCCUAA